AUAAUCAACAUGCCUUUGCGAAGUUCUAGCAAGUUGAACAUGGAGACCGGAAAAGAAAAUGGUGAGAGCACGGCACCAGUCCCUCCACAGAAGAAGCUGUCCUGCCAGUGCCAUCACCACUGUCCUGAGGACUCAGUCAACAGCACCUGCAGCACGGAUGGCUACUGCUUCACCAUAAUAGAAGAAGAUGAGUCUGGUGGACAUCUAGUCACCAAGGGUUGUCUUGGAUUAGAGGGCUCGGACUUCCAGUGUCGGGACACUCCUAUUCCACACCAAAGAAGAUCUAUUGAAUGUUGCACAGGCCAAGAUUACUGUAACAAACACCUUCACCCUACGCUGCCACCACUGAAAAAUCGAGACUUUGAUGAAGGAAACAUUCACCAUAAGGCCCUACUGAUCUCUGUGACUGUUUGCAGUAUACUUCUGGUGCUCAUCAUCAUAUUCUGCUACUUCAGAUACAAACGCCAAGAGACAAGGCCCCGCUACAGUAUCGGGUUGGAGCAGGAUGAGACCUACAUUCCCCCUGGAGAGUCCCUGAAGGAUUUGAUCGAGCAGUCCCAGAGCUCAGGGAGCGGCUCCGGGCUCCCUCUCCUGGUUCAAAGGACCAUUGCAAAACAGAUUCAGAUGGUAAAGCAGAUUGGAAAAGGUCGCUAUGGAGAAGUCUGGAUGGGAAAGUGGCGUGGUGAAAAGGUAGCCGUGAAAGUGUUUUUUACCACGGAGGAAGCCAGCUGGUUCAGAGAAACAGAAAUCUACCAGACUGUCCUGAUGAGGCAUGAAAAUAUUCUCGGAUUCAUUGCUGCAGACAUUAAAGGUACAGGAUCUUGGACCCAGCUUUAUCUCAUCACCGACUACCAUGAGAACGGCUCACUUUAUGAUUAUCUAAAAUCUACUACCUUGGACACAAAAGCUAUGCUAAAACUGGCUUACUCCUCCGUUAGUGGCUUGUGCCACCUGCACACUGAGAUCUUUAGUACUCAGGGCAAACCUGCUAUUGCCCACCGUGACCUAAAAAGUAAGAAUAUCCUGGUGAAAAAGAAUGGCACCUGCUGUAUAGCAGAUUUGGGCUUGGCUGUUAAAUUUAUCAGUGAUACAAACGAGGUAGACAUCCCUCCAAAUACCCGUGUAGGAACAAAACGCUAUAUGCCUCCCGAGGUGCUGGAUGAAAGCUUGAAUAGAAAUCACUUUCAGUCGUACAUCAUGGCUGAUAUGUACAGUUUUGGACUUAUCCUUUGGGAGAUAGCAAGGAGAUGUGUUUCAGGAGGAAUAGUUGAGGAAUACCAGCUUCCAUACCAUGAUCUUGUGCCCAGCGACCCCUCGUAUGAGGACAUGCGGGAGAUUGUGUGCAUCAAGAGACUGCGACCUUCAUUUCCCAACAGAUGGAGCAGUGAUGAGUGCCUACGGCAGAUGGGGAAGCUGAUGAUGGAGUGCUGGGCUCACAACCCUGCCUCCCGGCUCACAGCCCUGCGGGUCAAGAAGACACUUGCCAAAAUGUCAGAGUCGCAGGACAUUAAACUCUGA